AUGAAGGAGAACGUAGCGGGCCAGACAAAGGAGGAGAAAGACAAGAAAGAUGGGGAUGGAACAGAGGGACGGACGGAUUUCCCCGGAAUUCUGCCUCCGCCGGCCGGGGGGGCAGCGGAGGCGAUUUCUCCGCCAAUCACUGUUUGCCUUUUCCAAGAGAACUCAGUCGCCACGGACAUUCUGAUCCACCGCUCCUUGGGCUUCUAUGAUACGAGGGAAAUGGCUGUCAAUAAGUCUUAUCUUGCCCCUCUACGGUUGGUCGACAUAGUCGAUCGUCCAAGAAAGGACAGCCGGAUGAUUAAUCUGAUGCAGCAAAGUUGUGGGACUAAGACAAUGCAAUGUAUUAAGACCACGUCGAGUAAGGAGACAACCGUGAAUACCAGCCGAUCGAAAGGGGUAUUCAAGCCGACACAAAAGAAGGGAAUCGAUUCAAGGCUGGUAGGAUAUUGUCAUAAUCAAACAAGAAGCGGGCACAUCCAGGGGAAGUUCCAAAGUGUCGCAGCCAUAGCUGUGUUAUCCUCGGGUGGUCGGGGAAAAGCCGAGUUAGGUAUCCGUAAAUGA